AUUGUCUAAUCAUGGGAAAGCAACAAAAGGGAGAAACAAAAACAAGUGAUUGGAUAAUGUUUGUUUGUUGAUCUCUCGGGGGCCAUACUGCCAAAGACUAACUAGUAUUUCGUUCGAUCUAAAACAAUUAUGACGGCUAAUUUAAGUGCGUUUAACCGUAUUGUUUUUAUUAAAUUGUUAGAGUGCUUAUUUGCCAAUAAAAACAAACUCUAGCCACCGUUAGCCCUGUGUAUACAAACGCUUGUGUGUGAGUGUGUAUUGUGCGGCUUUUUGAUCCGUCAUCUUUUCUUAUCGGAAGCAGCAGCAACAAUAACAACAAAAUCAGCAACUUGUCUUUUAUCCUUUUUAUGCAUUUCCUAUAUUCAUACAAAACACUUGAAACAUUAGUUAUGUAGUAGUGUGUGUGUGUGUGUGUGUGACGACAGUACGAGAGAAGCAAGCCGAGAGACACGAAGGCUCCGGAGACAGAGAUAGAUAGACUGGAAAAACGGUAAAAACGGAAACAAGUGCAUCUCGACGAGCGGCAGCAUCAAAAUUAAUCAAGUGAAUUACGGACGAACGGACUGGCAUUCGUGGGCGGUGGCCAACAGGGACAACAACAAGUGAUGGCGGAACGGCGAAACUGAGCAACCCGAGUGUCACCAAGCAGCCGCAGGACAUUGGAUACGAAACGGAGCACAAAGGGUAGCCAGCAAAUACGCCCAUCCGAACGAGGCGGAGGAGGAAGGUGUGAAGGAAAGCAAAGCAAAGAAACCCACCGCCCGAUUCGAUAUAUGUAUAUGCAAACGUCCUUGGGGAAGUGGCACUGGCUGUGGCGGAAACAGGAGCACAAGCAGAAGGAGAAGAAGAACACAGAGGGACAGGUGACAUCCGACGACACACAAUUACAGUAAAAGGUGCGCCUCCCAAAAGAUGGCAACAGCAACAGCAGCAGCUCCCACAUCGCCCGCAGGUAACGGAGGAAGCGAAGGCAGCAGCGGGGGAGCAGGAAUAGGUGGCCCCACUGGCGGAGCUGACAUUGGCAUUGGUAUUGGCAGUGGCGGCACCAUCGGCAUCGAGAUGCUCAAGGCGCUGUACGACUUCCAGGCGGUCUAUCCCAAGACCAUUAGCUUCGAUGAGGGCGAAUACUUCAUCCUGUACCAGACCUCCGCCCGCCAGCGCAAUUGGUGGCAGGUGGUCAGCAUGAAGGGCAACAUCGGGUUCGUGCCCUCCAAUUACGUAAUGAAGAUUAAGGUGGAGCACGACUUCCUCAUCAGCUUUCUGAACUCGUCGAUCGAGUCACUGGAGAAGUGCACGGACCAUGAGAUCAAUGGCAUCAUGUCCAAGGACGAGCUGCUGGACAGGCUGCGCGAGAAGAAGCACACCAUGGAGCGGCUCUAUGCGGAGAGCUCUGAGCGCGACGGCGACUCCUCGCUGUCGUACUCGCACAGCUACAGCGACAAGGGCAGCCACCGGCACUCGCAUCCCCACCCAGCCCAGUCCCAGACUCAGCUCCACUCCCAGCACCACCGGCAGCACAGUCCGCCGGCGAGCGGUGGCAGUGGCGGCGGAUCCCAGCGAUUGGACAUGAGCAAGAAGAGCAUGUCCAGUCCAGCGGUGGGAUCCUCGUGCGGUCCCGCGUCCAGCCAGGGCAUGGUGGAGUCCCCCAGCAUGGGCAGCAUGCAGUUUCAUGGCAGCAGCUGCACCAUCCAGACGCCACAGCAACAGCAGCCGCUCCCAGCACCGCCGGCUCCCACCCCAGCUCCAGCUCCUGCCACGCCCACAACAGCUGCUGCCAAGACGGCCGGAGAUGUGGCGCAGGAUAACAGCAUCACUUCGGAGCCGUCGGAGACGACAACGACCACCACCACGACCAGCGAGGACGUGGUGACCACUUACAAAGAGACCAGCCAGAUGAGCACCAGCCAACACAAGCCCCUCAAUGGCAGCACGGCGUCUGCCUCCAUAUCUGCCUCCGCCUCUGCUUCGGCCGUGCGAAGUGCCGGCAACGGCAGCGGCGGAAGGGGUAGCACGGGAGCCCUGCAUCAGGAUUUACCGCCAGAGGAGGCGGACAGUGCGCCGGACAAGUCGGAUGACGCGAGCGCCGUUCCCAGCGACGACGGGUGUCAGGCCAACGGUGACAGUGCGGACAAUAGCCAGGCGCUGGACAGCAUCGAGAGUCCAUCUCACCGGGAACGGGGCGGCAGGUCAGUCGAGGAAGGAGCUGCUGGCGGCAGCAACAGCGCAGCUAACUAUGCACGCGGACAGCUGAAGGUUGAGUCCUCGGAUGUGUAUCAGAUCGUGGAUGCGUUGCGGCGCAACACCAACCUCAGCUUUGAUUUAUCCUGCGAGGCUCUGCGCGUGGUACUGACCAGCCUGGAGCAGCUGUAUAACGGAGCCAUCAAUCCGUACCUGGAGGCAGUGGCCGUCCAUGUCACCGGCAAGGUGGCCACACCCAAGGAGCUCCUAGGUAUCACCCACGACGCCAAGCGACUGCAGUACCUCUUCGCCCAGCUGGCCGACUGCAAGAACGACACGGAGCAGCGAACCUGGAUGCUGUACGAGGAUGAGGAGGACAUAAUACAGUUCCUCGAGGAGUUGGUCGAGAUUCUGAACAACGCUGAUGAGAACAUCAGCUGCUAUGAGAUGUCUUGCGACCAGUACCAGAUGUUCAUCAACCUUGUCCAGUACUAUCAGAUGGAGACACGCUGGUCCAUCAAGCGCCUGCUGCUGAAGACCUUUACGGCCGCCUGCCACCUGGACUACAUUAUCGUGGACAUACUGCUGACGUCAGUGCUGCCGCUGGAGAUUGUGGAGGACAUGAAGACGCACUUUUCCAAUCUGGAUCGCUUCAAGCAGCUGGUCAAGAUGCUGACCAUCAUCUUCUCGCUCGGACAGCCCAUGCCGGUGAACCAUCAGGAUUAUUUGGGCGUGCAUUUUGCCAGCUUCCUGCUGGAGAUUGUCGAGGGCAACAACCCGGAGCACCUGGUGGACAUGGUCAUUGCUUUGAUACUGGCCUUCAAUCAGCAGUUUAGCGAGCACACCUUCAACGUUAUCAUCGAGGCGAUGCAGAACCUGCCCUCCGCCAAGGUCUUCACGGAGAAGCUGCUGCUCCUGCUCAAUCGGGAGGACGAUCCCACGCGCCUGCUCAAGCACCCCAACGAGCACAUGAACACGGUGCUGCGCAUGUUCAUCGACAUAUUCAGUCAUCCGGACACGGCCGGCAUGUUCUACACGAACGACAUCAAGGUGCUCAUCGACAUUGUGGUGCGCCAGCUCUCCGACCUGGAUGCGGGAAGUUCGACGCGACCCUGCUACUUGGAGCUGUGCCGCCGCAUCCUGCGCAACACGAACUAUCAGGAGCACCAGCACCGCAAGCACGACCUCAUGAAGAUCUUCACGCGCAUCUUCUGCGAGGAGACCGAGUGCAGUGCCUCCGAUCAGCAGCUGGUGCGGGAGAUAGCCAACGAGUUUCCGCAGCUGUUCAAGGCCUAGAAAACCGCAGAAAGCCCAGGACCCCAAACGAACCCAAAAAGCACUCGAAACCAAAUUGUAAAGCGUUGCUAGUGAGGCGAGCCGACCAAGCGAGCCAACCGUAAAAUCCAAAAAUUAUUUCGAUUUUGAUCAGUGAAUUGUUGACGCAUUUGUUUAGCAUCUCGGUACUCGGCCCAGCUCGGGCCUCCAGGGGCAGCGCACACUCACGCGACUCUACAUAUAUCUUAUGAACAUAGUCGGUAAGCAGGAGGAGGAAGUGUACUAGUUGCAUGCGGAGUAGAUGCAACCUCAUAGCGAUACCCAGUAGCGUAUCAGUAAUAGACGUAAUACCAAAUUAUAUAUUAUAUAUAUUGUAAUUCCCAGGCGAUCGUUGUGGGUCCCACGAUGAUUUCUCGCUCAGUUAGACUUUAGUCAGGGACGAUUUUAGCCGGAGCCAGAGUUCAGCCGAGUUCAGCCUCACUUUUAAAUUUUUGUAGUUAUAAUUACCAAUUUAUUUGGAUAUCCACAUUUUGACAGAAGGAGGAAUCAUUCGGAGAAUCAAAUAUUUAUAGCCUAAUUAUACACCUAUAUAAUGAAAAUAUACAUUCAUAGCAAGGCGAAUGCGAGAAGGUAAUUGCAGUCUACAAGAAAGGUAAAGGAUAUUAUGUAAAAGUAAACAAUUGAUUGAUAUUGAUAUAUAUAUAUAUAUAUAUAUGUAUGUAUGUAUAUGUAUAUAUAUAUAUUGAUAUAUAUAUAUAUGUAUGUAUAUGUAUAUAUAUAUAUUGAUAUUUGCAGCUAGCAAAAUCCAAAUCAAGUCAAACGUAACGAGCAUGCAUAUAAUGUUAAAUUUGUUUAUAUAAUCUAUGGGGAGGAGAACUAAGCCGAAUAGGAAACGGAAAUCAUUGACAAUUGUUAAAGCUCAAAUACAAAUAUAAAAUUGGUUGAAAAUUAAGAACGGAACGCUGCGAGGGCUGCAUUGAAAAAUUGCAACAACAAUUAAGGACACCCAUUGCAUUUCUCUCCCUCACUCACUCGGUCACACGCAAGACACACACUCACUCAGUCUCUCUCUCUCUCUCUCUAUCUAUCUAUAUAUCUCUCUCACUCUCUCUCAAGCUAAGCAAGGAAAGUUUGUUAUACAUAUACCAAUCUCUAUAUAGACACGAUCCCCCAUCUUUCCCCGAUAACCUGAGGCAUCAUUUCGUUUUUGUUAUUGUUACUUUAAUGAAUAAUAUAGAAAUCACAACGAA